CCUCCUACACCCCUCGCCUCGCAUCCACUCCCAACCCAUCCCCCCCCCCCUCCCUGGAGCCAGAGCCCAAAGCCGUGCCUCCUCUCCUCCAUCGUCUCCGGAGUCCGGAACAGAGCAUCUUGCUUGCUUGGCUGGCUCCGAGCCGUCGCGUGUGACUUACACACGCCCUCUCUCUAGGCUCAUGGCGCAGCGCGACAAGAAGGUGGAGGAGCCCACCGAGCUGCACGCGCCGGAGAUCACGCUCUGCGCCAACAGCUGCGGCUUCCCCGGCAACCCGGCCACCAAGAACCUCUGCCAGAACUGCUUCCUGGCGAACGCUGCCCCGCCGUCUCCCUCCUCGUCUUCGUCUCCGGCGGUGUUUCCGCUGGUCGAUAAGCCGAGGCCAGCUCCUAUCCCGGCGCCGGCGCCGGUUUCUCUGGCCGUUGACCGGCCGGCAGCUGGGCCGGUGGAUGCGAAGGCGUUGCGGUCGUCGGUCAACCGGUGCCACAGCUGCCGGAAGCGGGUGGGACUGACGGGGUUCCGAUGCCGGUGCGGCGAGCUGUUCUGCGGCGCGCACCGUUACUCGGACCGGCACGAGUGCAGCUUCGACUACAAGUCGGUCGGCAGGGACGCCAUCGCCAGGGAGAACCCCGUCGUGCGCGCGGCCAAGAUCGUUAGGUUCUGAGAGGAGGACACCGACAGAGAUCGACGGAGAUCGACAGAGAUCCCUCUACAGUUUCCACACUCCUUCCUUUUCUCUGUUCUUUCUUUCCUUUACAGAAAUUAAAGGUGGUCUAUGGCGUUAUCGUGCUGUUCUUGAGAAUUUCAUAAAGAAGAAGAAAAGGAGGGAGAAAAAGAAGAUCAUGGGGGCAGCGGGCAGGCAGGCAGGAAGGAGGAUGAAACAAACAGUGAUACGAUAAUGUUGUUAUAGCGGUGGUUGGGGGUGGAGAGGAAGAGAUGGAGUUUGGUGUGUUGUCCUACGAUCACAAUCUCUAUUUAAUUUUCUUUUGUAUAAAAUAUUUGGCAUCUAUCUAUUAUUCACUCAGCUUGAGCCACUA